UUGUUUACACACAAUUUGUUCUGUGAGGCCUACAACAAGGCAAAUAACACAUAUUGUAAACGUGUCCGAGUUAUCUGCGCUGAACACUACAAAGGUGAAUUGGAAAAUGAACUACAGGUUUGUGCAUACCCUAAAGCUUGGUCAGCUGGUAAAUCACUGACAUUCGCGGAGAUGUUUGAGCACGGAGCGGAUCUUUUGAAAGACCAAGGAUUUUGCUGUGCACCCCGUAAAGAUUGCGUUCAACAUCAUCGAUGGAUCCAGGCUCUUGUGGGAACUAUAGAAUGUGAGCGAAUGAACCUUCUCACGCGGCUCGAUGAACUCCUUGAGCGUAGAAAAACCGUUUCUGUUGGAUGUUCCACACGCGGUGAUGUAAUUUCUCUGCUAAACUUUGUAGUGAGUUUUCGUUCUAUUUCCAAACUGGAUCCUUUUUGCAUUGAGUGA